GUCACAUAGUACUGCGUUUCCACCAUUUGAUCUAUAUCAAUUAGACACACAGAGUUCCCAAUCUAAAUCCAAAACGAUAGCAAAAAAUAAAAAUAAAAAAGAAACAAUAUAGGAAGUUGGAAAUAGAAAGAAAACAUUAUUGAGUUUGAGAGGAAAUGGAAGAAAGCGAGGCCGAGUGGUCCGAGUUAACUCGGGAAUGCCUGAUGAACAUCCUAUCUCGACUCAGCACUGAAGAUCAAUGGCGCGGUGCGAUGCUUGUAUGCAAAUCAUGGUUCAGUGCCUUCAAGGAACCCUCUCUUCACUAUGUAUUCAACCUCGACCCUUACUUCGAUUCGCCACUCGAAUCACCUCGCUGGUGGACCCUUGAAUUCGAGUCUAAGAUCGAUUCCAUGCUUCGAUCUCUCCUUCGAUCCACUCUUCUUUUCCUCACCCAGAUUCGCAUUCGACACUGCUCUGAUCGCUCUCUCGCUCUUGUUGCCCAAAGAUGUCCAAAUCUUGAGGUGCUAUCAAUCAGAAGCUGCCCUCGUGUUACUGAUGAUUCUAUCUCUAGGAUUGCUUUUGGGUGUCCUAAUUUAAGGGAAUUGGACAUAAGCUAUUGUUAUGAAAUAACCCAUGAGUCAUUGAUGCUGAUUGGAAAAAAUUGCCCCAACCUUAAGGUUCUCAAGAGAAAUCUCAUGAAUUGGCUUGAUCCAUCUCAACAUGCAGGGAUUGUUCCUGUUGAUUAUCUAAAUGCUUGUCCGCAAGAUGGAGAUUCUGAAGCUGCUGCAAUUGCUAAUUCUAUGCCUAAUCUAGAGUGGCUAGAGAUUAGGUUCUCCAAGUUAUCGGCUAAAGGCCUCAAUUUGAUAUGUCAGGGUUGUCCUAACAUUGAGCUCUUGGAUUUGUCUGGAUGUGCUAACUUAAGUAGUCGAGACAUUGCUAAUGCAUCGUCCAGUUUGUCGCACCUGAAGGACAUUAAAAAGCCAAAUUUCUAUAUUCCAAGGUCUGUCUUUCACGCUGAAAGGUAUGGACAUUGGAGACUGUAUGAUGAGAGAUUUCAAACAGAUGUUUUCCGAAUCUGACCAUUGAUAAUAAGAUUAUCCAAGAUGUAAACUGUGAAUCCAUCUCCCCAUUUUCUUUCUACUGGCCUGCGCAGAUCUCCAUUGGAUAUCUACGGUUAUUGAUCCAGUCAGUCAAAUAUAUCUUAUAGAAGUUAUGAUCUUUGUCUUUGUAAUUCCUAUUCUAUGUCGUUUGUUUUCCUUGUAUCUGUAAUGUAUAUGUUUAGAAGAUCAUUGUCUCAUCUCAUGUCCCCAUAGUGGAUUUUACCUAAUAAUAUUCUAAUUUGUUCUUUUUGCUUU